UAGAUUCGGUCUCGUACAAACCUGCUCUGGAAAUUUCUUAUAGUUUUUUUAAUAUCCAACUAAAUCCGCCAUUUGCUCACUCCCAACUGCCAAAAUCCGAUCUUUAUGUCAUUUUUGUUGUUCAAACAUCUUGUAUUUUUCAUUGUCAGCGUAUGAAGUGUUUCCCAUCCCAAUCCUAGUUCUUAUCCAAUUGUUCAAUCUGCCAGAACAAUUCCCCUUCAACACACUUGCACAGCCAUUGUCAGCUUGCAUCCGCAUGGUAUUUGCUCUUUAUAGCAGUCAUUCAACCAAAUUCUAGCAUUCCAGCAUCAUAAGGUGGCAGGCAUGUGUGUCCCUUGCUUUUCCUCUUCCUUUACUCACCACUCACUGCAUCAGGAGGAAGAAGAAAGAGAGGGCUACCAAAGCCUGCACUCUUCUUCUUCCAAUUCAUGAGAAGAAGACUAGAAUCCACAAGAAGAGGCCAUUAAUGAUUUGAUCCAGGAUUCAGCACUUCAUCAUGGGAAGCUUCUUACUCAAGUCUGGUGGUUCAAUGAGACCAAGGAGGAGUAAAUAUGCACACGAGCUGUUUCUGGUGGCUUUCCUCUUCUCUUGGGCUCCCUCUGCUGCGCUUCUCUCCCCUAAAGGCGUCAACUAUGAAGUUCAAGCUUUGAUGGGAAUCAAAGCCUCUUUGAAAGACCCCCACAGCGUUCUUGAGAACUGGGAUCAGGACUCUGUGGAUCCUUGUAGCUGGACCAUGGUUACCUGUUCGUCCGAGAACUUAGUCAUUGGCCUAGGAACUCCAAGCCAAAAUUUAUCCGGCACACUCUCUCCGAGCAUUGGCAAUCUGACAAAUCUUGAGAUUGUGCUCCUCCAAAACAACAACAUAUCAGGACCCAUGCCUAAAGAGAUUGGAAGGCUCUCAAAGCUCAAAACGCUUGACCUCUCCAACAAUUACUUCACUGGUGAAAUCCCUUCCUCCAUAAGCCUGCUGAAAGAUCUACAGUACUUGAGGCUUAAUAAUAACAGUCUCUCAGGAGCAUUCCCUAUGUCUUUGACCAAUCUGACACAGCUUGCGUUCUUGGACUUGUCUUACAACAACUUGAGUGGGCCUGUACCGAGUUUUCCGGCAAAGACAUUCAACAUUGUUGGAAAUCCUUUAAUUUGUGCUAUUGAUUCGGAGAAACAGUGCUUCGGGAUGACUCCCAUGCCGAUGUCCUACGACUUGAAUAAUUCAGAGAGCACUACGAUCGUAUCAAAACCAAGAAACCAUAAAGUUGCUAUGGCAGUUGGAUUCAGCUUUGGUUUCUUCGGUUUAGUAGUUCUAGGUAUUGGGAUACUUCUUUGGUGGAAGCAAAGGCAUACCCAACAAAUUCUUUACCAUGUCGAUGAACAACAUGAUGAGGAAGUCUGCCUUGGAAAUCUAAAACGGUUCCAGUUUCGGGAACUUCAGAUUGCGACAGAUAACUUCAGCAGCAAGAACAUACUCGGUAAAGGUGGCUUUGGAAUAGUUUAUAAAGGCCAUCUAAAAGACGGGACUCUAGUAGCUGUCAAAAGGCUCAAGGAUGGAAGUGCCGUUGGUGGUGAGAUCCAGUUUCAGACUGAAGUUGAGAUGAUUAGCCUUGCCGUUCACCGGAACCUCCUUAGACUCUGCGGAUUCUGUAUGACUGGAACCGAGAGGCUGCUUGUGUACCCGUAUAUGUCAAAUGGAAGUGUUGCUUCUCGGCUCAAAGGAAAACCCCCAUUGGAUUGGACUACUCGAAAGAGAAUAGCACUGGGAGCUGGAAGAGGUCUACUCUACCUUCAUGAGCAGUGUGAUCCAAAGAUAAUUCACAGAGACGUAAAGGCUGGUAACAUUUUGCUAGACGAUUAUUGCGAAGCCAUAGUAGGUGACUUUGGACUAGCAAAGCUCUUGGAUCACCGGGACUCACAUGUAACUACUGCUGUCCGAGGUACCGUUGGACACAUUGCUCCGGAGUAUCUCUCUACUGGGCAGUCGUCUGAAAAAACAGAUGUUUUUGGGUUCGGAAUACUCCUACUCGAGCUCAUCACUGGCAGGACAGCUUUAGAAUUCGGGAAGUCUGUGAACCAGAAAGGCACCAUGCUCGAUUGGGUGAAGAUGAUCCAUCAAGAGAAGAAGCUCGAUAUGCUCAUUGAUAAGAACUUAAAGAACAACUACGAUCUGAUUGAGCUUGAAGAGAUUGUGCAAGUUGCGCUCUUGUGCACACAGUUCCUCCCUGGCCACAGGCCCAAAAUGUCUGAAGUCGUGCGAAUGCUCGAAGGCGAUGGCCUCGUGGAGAGAUGGGAAGCGUCACAGAGAGUCAACUCCCAGAGCUUCAAGAUGCCCGAGUUCAGUUUCGCAGAGAGAUGCUACUCUAACCUUACCGAUGACUCGUCCUUGCUUGUCCAAGCAAUCGAACUCUCCGGGCCAAGGUGACAGCUAAGUAAUUCAAGAUGUGCAGCCAGUGAAAACAAUAUUCUGAAGUUUGACGGAGACUGCUAUUAAUCGCGAAGCGAAUACCAUGCUCGAACCUAAAGCUGUGCACUUGCUAAGUUAGGUGUGGGCAUACCAUAAAAACGGCAAGCUCAGACUUGGAGCAGGAUGAAAUGGAUAAAAUAGUUGUGAGAUUGUUAAAAAGUUGGGUCUUUGAUGAUUGUUCAGUGAGCGAUGAAGGAACUCAAGAACAAUUUGCUGUUUCAAUGGAUUUUUGUUGUAUGUA